CGAGUUUUGUUUGCACUAGUUACUCGUCAAUUUAGUCGGAAGAAAAAAUUUUUUUGCUACGGACCGAAUUACAGCAGCAAAAUAUUUUGUCAGUGUUUUUUCGUAUUUUUAUACAAUUAAUAUUAAACUAAAAAAUGCUAAAAUAUGUAAAAACUAUAAAGAAAAGUGUACCCGUUAAUUACAUACUAAAAUAAUUCAAUGAAAUCAAUGUGAAAUUAAAGAAAAUUCAAUUUAAAGAUUUUACGACGGCUUCAUAAAAAAAAAGAAAAAAAUCAUUGAACGCGAAAAUUUCUAAAAGAAUAUGGAGUAAAAAAAUGAAAAAUACAUAUAGAAAAUAAAAAAACGUGUAAAAGUGUUGCAAAAUAAAUAAAAAAAUGAAAUGAGAUAGAUGUAGACAAUAAAUAGAGAAAAAAAAUUAUGAUAAAUAAAUAAUAUUUAAUAAUAAUUUUUAAAAUAUCGUAAAGGACAUUCAAGGAGAAUUGAGGAGGUUAAGAACAAGAAGGAAAAUAUACAGCAAACAACAAAAGUAACGAGUACUGUGUGUGAAAGAGGAGAAGAAUUGUUUUUAUUACGGUUACGUGGUGUAGCAAUCAAAAAAACAAAAAAAAGCCAAAAAGGACAGUGAGCGGGUGCCAGACAAAAAGUUUUUUCGUGGUACAAAGAAAAUAUAAAGCAAAGUUUCUCUAAGGCCGACCGCACCCGCCAAUUAACAUAUUUGCUACCAACAAUAAUUAAAAAAAUAACCUAUAAAAUAAAAUUUUUGUUAAUUGUUUUAAGUUUUCAUUAAAACUGAAAAUUUUGUCAAAAUUCCUCCACAAAUACCUACAUCAACCAACUCCAUGCCAGUGUCCGUGGUUUGUGAGACUGCGGCCAGUGUUAAUGCCGCCCUAAGGGAAUCUUUAGGUUCGGGAGGCAGUUGUUCGGCCGCUGCCAAUGCCAAACAGUCAUCGUCGCAACAAGAUGAUAAAAUGAAUGGUGGCUCUGGCAAUAAUGCAGACGAUAUUGAUACAUUGCAUGGCAAAUUAGUUGCCUCAGCUAAAAGAGUUUUACUUUCAAAAAUCGACUAUGAAGAAGUUACCAAUUAUGGCCAAUCUGUAUUGGAUAGCCUGAAAUCGAAAUAUAUUGUGUUAAAACCCUCUGGAAAUAAUAACUCCAUGGAGAAUGGUAGAAAUUCUCCAGCAACCUGCAAUAAUGGCGCAAAUGGUGACAGCGCAGCCGGUAAGCAUGCCAAUGGUAAUAACACGUCAGCCUCAAACGGUGGGGGGACACCUAGCAAAAAAGCUAACAAUCCAAAUGAAUUACCUGCCCCCAAACGUAUACUCUAUCCACGGGAAAAUGUUCGCGUCGGCUGGAAGGCUAGCGGACGCAAAUGGGAUGUUGGCGUAGGCAUGAUGAAUGUGGGAAACACUUGCUAUUUGAAUUCUACCCUACAAGCUGUAUUCCAUGUACCAUCCAUGGCGAAUUGGCUUAUGUCAGAUAGUGCACACAUGGAACGCUGUGAGUCAACAGAUACUGGUUGCAUUAUCUGCGCCAUGACCAAGACUCUGCAAGAAUCCCAAAAGAGUCAAUCUGCUAUACGCCCAUACUAUGUUUAUUCGAAAUUGAAAUCAAUAUGUAAACAUUUAGUAAUGGGUCGGCAGGAAGAUGCUCAUGAGUUCUUACGCUAUUUGGUGGAGGCCAUGGAAAAGUCUUAUCUCUCACGUUUUCGUAACUACAAAGAAUUGGAUCAGUAUAGCAAGGAAACAACACCGCUGAAUCAAAUUUUAGGCGGUUACCUAAAGUCGGCUGUCCGUUGCUUGGCAUGCAAUCAUGUGUCGGUAACUUUUCAACAUUUUCAAGAUUUGCUCUUGGACAUACGUAAAGCCGAUACAGUCGAUGAAGCUUUAGAGGGUUAUUUUUCACGAGAACGUCUCGAAGAUAUGGGUUACAAAUGUGAAGCUUGCAAGAAAAAGGUUUCGGCGACAAAACAAUUCUCUUUGGAACGCGCACCAAUUGCCUUGUGCAUACAAUUGAAACGUUUUUCAAUGUUAGGCACCAAACUAAAUAAGCAAAUUACUAUUAAACCUAGACUUGAUCUAACAAAAUUUGCCUCACGCAAAAAUCCCGGUGAACAGCUCACCUAUCGUCUGGUGGCAAUGGUAACCCAUUUGGGUGCUUCACAACACUGUGGCCAUUACACGGCCAUUGGCUUAACCGAAUCGGGCACAUACUACAACUACGAUGACAGUUAUGUAAGACCGAUAUCAAUGCAAAAUGUCUGCAAUACAAAUGCAUACAUAAUAUUCUACGAAAUGGACACACAGCCACCCAGAAAUGUCAGUAGUACACAGGUAAGUGGAGCACAACAGGCCACAGCCACCACCACAACAAAUCAAAGGGAUUCACAGACGGUUAAAAUGAAUGGUCAUGCAUUGGGAGGAUCACCACGUGUUAUCGGACCACAGUUACCGCCUGGUUAUAACAAUAAUACCACCACAAAUGGCGGUUCAGUGACGUCGUCGUCGUCCUCGCCAUUAACAAACGGUGGCAGUAAAUUAAUAUUAAAUCGCAAUUCUACAUCGAUACCAUCAAGUACUUCGUCGUCAUCAUCAUCAAAUGGUGGUAGUAGUAAAAUCAUGAUACAUUUUAAAAAUAAUAGCAGCAGUGGCAAUUCAACAAAUUUGGUUAAAACCAGUGCUGCAACAUCAUCAAUAACUUGUGCCUCGGCAACUUCAACUUCAAGUAGUUCCACUUUUGAUAAUCUAAAGAAUAGCAACAGCACCACAACAAAUUACACUUCAAACGGUCUUCACUUAGUGGGGACCGGGAAAUUUCAGGAAUCUACGAAUACGAAGUAUCCAUUGGGUGUCUCAACAACUAAAAGACAAGUUAGUAAUCUUAAAAACAGUAACGAAAGUUCCUCCGAUGACGAUGACGAAAAUGAGAUUGUAAGCUCUUCAACAUCCUCACAAAUACACAACGCUACACCAGCCACACUGCCAAGUAUGCCUAAAUUGGGUGUCGAAUCCACAAACACAACAACAGCAUCCCUAACAAAUGGCUUUGCUAAAAAAUCACCUGCCCCCAUAAAAAGUCUAGUACCCUAUGGAUCUGAGACGGACGAAGAAGCUGAUGUAUGUAUGGCGGCUACAACCACAAAUGCAAAUCCAGCUACUACUGCAUCCAGUGAACAACAAAAGCGUUUAUUACCCAAUCCUCUGAAACGAAGACAGAGCUCUUCCUCAUGGUCCAGCAGUAGUUCAUCGGAUAAUGAUAAUGCCCAUGAUAAAGAUAUAAAACCUACAAAUGGCAUAAAAAUAAAAAAGGCUGCCUCAUCCACGGCCACAGCCGUUUCAAAAUCACCUGCAAAAUCUGCCGAUACAGCAAAAAAAUCAUCAGAUACCAUUGAUGAGAUUUUCAAUAGCAUUAAACGUUCCAAUAAUACAAAUACUAUUAACACCACAACCUCUGGCAUUACAACGCUUAAGAAAAAAUCACAAAACCAACAAUUUACCGUUACCUCAACCACUACCACAACCGAUUCCUCCACUUCAGAUUCCGAAGAUGAGGAGAGUAGCAAGACAAAAAUGUCCUCAAACACAAAACCUCAAUUCAAAAGAUCACAUUCUACACCACCUUCGCCACCGGUUGUUAAAACAAACUCUGGCAUUUGGCAAGUUACCUCUUUGCAGCCCAUAACAGCCUGCGUAAGUCCAACCACAUCAACGCCUUCAUCAACAUCGGCAGCUGCCGCCUUUACAUCGCCUGCAUCUACAGAAAAAACACCCAAGAAUCAUAAAAAUCCCUUUGCUGCAAAGCCCACUAUGGUGGCAGCAGAUAAUGCCAAACGUCUAAAGAAGGAUACAGCAAAUAAAUCAUUCAAUGGCAACGGCUAUCAACGUAACACCACAUCAGCCAAUGAAUCAGCGGUUUCAGAACUUUUAAAACAAUCACAUCGCGGCUAUGGGGCACCAAUUUUAACCUGGAAUGGUCAACAAAGUGAAAUUGAUAAAGAGAAUUUUUAUUUGUUUGAUGAGAAACGGAUAGAAGACGACGACAGCAACAACAAUAAUAAUAAUAUUGACCACAACAACAUCAACAUCGGAAACGAACAUGAUCUCUGCCAUGAUCUAAAUUUUGAUGAUGAUGACAACGUAGAACAAAUGUCAAGUUUAAACAACCAUUAUAAUGAACAAAAUGACUCAAUGGACAACAAGGAUCAACAUCAAACUGAUAGCGAUGAACAAGAUCUCAAAUUGAAUAUAACAACUGAAAAUCCCACUCAGAUUGAAGAUGAUCAGGAACCUUCUAAUGCCAUGAUCACUACCAUUGCAAUAACAUCGCCAUCCUAUUGUAUGGAGGAUGGUAAAUUCAAACUGGCUGCUGAUCCGUAUUGUAGUAUACAAGACAAUGAUCUACAACAAAUGAUGGUCGAAGAAAUGGAAAAUAUUGAUUCUUGCAGUUCUGGCACAACCGCCACAACAGUUAUCAAUAACUACUGUCCUUCGCCUAAUUCUUCGUUAUUAACUACAAUGCUUACGCCUCCCCCGCUACCAUUGUUAUCAUCGUCUUCAUCCGCCACAUCAUUAAUAACAUCGACCUCAAUACUGCCAACAGCGACAACAUCAGAAGAAAUCAACACCACAAAUGUUUUUGUAUACAACGAAGAUUCCUUGGACAAUCUAUAACAGGAAUAUUUGAAAUAUGUGCGCUUUCUUAUGAUUUUAUGAUGGUACUGAUGUGUAGAUCUCUCUCUAUUAUCUGCGCACCUGCUACUAAAACUACUUUUUCUUAUUUUAAACCAACAAAUUAGAACAAUCACAGCUCUAACAACUAGCAACCAAAUCAAGCUUAAGAAGGCCUUUAAAGACAAGGCUUUAUUAUCCGGCUCUAAGUUCGUUUUUAUUUAAUUAAAAACCAUAGUACACUGUGUAAGCGAAAAACAGAUCGGACUCCUAAAGGGGAAAAGGAGGAAUAUAGAGUGAAAAUUACCACUUCACUACAAGUGACAACAACAACAACCAUUUUCAAAUAAAUUCAUAAAGGAUUGAUAUUAUUUGAUUUGUAAUAGUGUGUUGACGCUGAUGAUGCAUUUAUUUUUUGACUACAACAAUAAUGAUGAUGUGAUAAUGGUGAUUGUGAUUGAUUGAUUGAUACAUUCUUAGUAAUGGUUUCAAGUUAAUAAAAAUGGCUUAUCUAUUAUAGAUCAUAAGUGAGGCACGUGAACAGCGACAACGUGACUGGGAAGAUGAGGAAGAAAAUGAAAUGGAUCGUGGCAGACAGAAAAAGGUUAAAGGGCCAAAAGAUCCCUAUGCAACAGCAGCAACACCCGGUUAUAAUCCA